CAGCCUCUGCAAUCUCGCUUGACUAUGGAAGCUAUUGAAAACGAUAUCACUGUGGAGUGGAAUGUUGUUACAGACAGUCCAUUUACACCAAGGGAUGGUCAUUGUUGUUGCGUAUGCGGAUCCAAACUUUACGUUUUUGGAGGUGUAUUACAGUCCAGUGAUGGCGAGAUGACAGAAACCAACGAUCUGCUUAAUUUCGAUGCAGGAACAAUGGUUUGGCAGAAGGUUGCAUGUAAAAAUGAAGCCCCUCCACCAAGGUCUGCUGCUGCACUGUCCUGUGUUGGAAAGAAGUUGUAUCUUUUUGGAGGCCUUAAUCAGAUGUGUGGUUGGCUUGGAGAUUUCCAUGUGUUUGACACAGAAACACUGACAUGGUCAAGUAUCCCAGCAGCUGAUGGUCCUUGCCCAAGGGACAAACUGCAGUCAGUUGCUAUAGAUACAAAAAUCUAUUUUUUUGGAGGAUUUGGACCAAAGGCUACUUUGGCCAUGGAAGAUGAUGGUGAUGAAGAAUAUGAAGAUGAAGAUGAUGAUGAUGAGCUCCCUGGAGACCAGGAAGCUGCAGAAUUUGGCUGGUUUAAUGACCUUUAUGUCUUUGAUACAGUAUCUAACCAGUGGUCCCAGCCCCUUCAGAUGAAUCUUGGUGUGCCAACUCCUCGAGCUGCUCAUGGUCUUUGUGCUGUUGGUAAGAACCUGGUAAUCAUGGGAGGACGAGACACUGAGGAUAGGCAGAAUGAUAUCCACAUUUUUGACACAGAGACAAGGAAGUGGGAUAUGGGAGUAAAUUGCAAAGGGAUGCCACCUAGUCCUAGGUCAUUUCAUACCAUUUCUGCUGUUGGUAACAGAGUCGUAGUGCUAGGAGGACGAGGGAAAGAAAAUCAACACUUUGAUGAUGUCAGCAUAUUUGCCAUGGACACCAAGGAGUGGUACAAGGCUGAAGUGAAAGGCAAAGUUCCAAGUAGUCGUGGUCAACAGGCUGUAGGUGUCAUUGGUGACAAGUUGAUUAUGUUUGGAGGCACCAGUAACUUUAGCACAGAAAUCAUGCAAUGUCAGACAACACACAAUGAUACAGUACUACUAAGGACAGAAGACAUCUUAAAAGGGGGACCAACAGGGAGAAAUCAUAAUGGACACGCAGAAGCAAGCUGAUAACAAGACACACUAAUAAUUUUCAUUUUAAAUUAAGACUUUGAAUAAUGUGUGUAAAUUACAUGUUUUUGAACAUGGACAAAACUUGAUACAAACACAAUGGUUUUUGAACUAUGACAUUUCAGAAUUAGAUAGACACCAGUCUUCUAUGUCUGAGAAUGACAAAGUGGACAGAUGAUGAGAACAUGAAGAAUAGCUUGCAAUCUCAUGAAAGUUGACAUUCAUAUAUGGUUAUUUUUAGACAGUAAAUAUCAUUUUAUCAUA